UGGACAUCAAUAACAUCUGGCUCAUCAAUAAGACAUCUCGAUGGAGUUAGACUGCUUAAUGAAAUAGGUUGCCUUGAAGGUAUUUGCCUGUCUGAAUUUAUAAUAUUGAAUCCGAUGACCCCCCCCCCCUCCCCAUGGAGAACAUCUGAAGGAAGACUCCUCUCCAUCCUCAGGGCAGCGGCUCGGUCACACAGAGAGUUAGACUUUUGAGAUUCCUUAUCUUUCAGUGAUGGCUAUCAACACGGACGCUGCGUUCGGGAAGAGCGCCCUCGGCGAGAGGGAAGUUUCCAAUCCCACCGACUUCCAGGACACGGAGAAGCUGCUGAGCGCCGCGACCACCGAGCCCACCGGGCAGACCAACCUCAAGCCGUCCGACUCCUUCUCCCUCAACGUCCGAGGGAGCAUCCACUCCCUGGACGCGGAGCAGAACGGACACAGAUCGCCGCUGAAGUCGGGCUCCAUGGGGCAGUUGGCGGCCCCACCCAGAUCCUCGUCCCGGAUCAGCCUGGGCCGGCUGCCCUCCCCGGUGCCGGGCGGGUCCUUACCCUCCACUUACCUCUGGCUCGCCUUGCUGUCCUGCUUCUGUCCCGCGGUGCCGCUCAACAUAUGUGCCCUGUGGUAUGCAAAUGUGUCGAGGUCUGUGCUCCACACUGGCGAUAUCGAAGGAGCAAAGAAAUACGGGCGUCUGUCCAUGCUGCUCAGCCUUCUGGCAAUUCUGCUGGGUGUGGCUGUCAUCAUGUUCAUAGUGUUUACAAUAGAGAUCCAGCAGUGAGCUGUGGGAUGGAAGGAGUCCCACUAAACACUCCUAUGACUUCACCUGACACAAGUUUGCACAGAAAAAAUUGAUGAGGAAGAGGAAGGGGGAAGGAUGUCAUUUUUGAAGACAAAAAAAUAAAUAACAAGCACAAAAUCUGAGUUGAAAACAAGCUGAAGAGACUAACGUACAACGUGGUGCUUUUUUUCUGCUGUGGAUAAAAAAAAGAAAGAAAGAAGUCGCAGACCAUUUCUCUUUUUCUGGCAACACUCUUGUCCAUUAACCCCACAAACUCAGGAACAAAGGAAGGCGGAGGGAGGCUGCGCCCGGUCAUCGGGUCGGAUCGUCACGGGUGAAUGUGUAAACUACUCUUAGUCCAAACUAGAGGUGCACUGAUGUCGACUCCUGCCUGACACACACAAGACAAUUGGAUGGCUCUACAUUUUGAGUAUCAAAACAAAAACAAAACCCCUAGAAAACCACAAGGCAUCAUUAGAUGGGAGGAUGCUCUAAAGACUAAAGAAGACCACGUUAAACGUGCCCCCCUCUCGGGUUCAGAAGGCAUCAGUGCAUCUCUGGUCUGUAGCGCAGCCACUGUUUGUCUUUAACAAUUAGCAACUAAGUAAGAACCGACUUUCCCUUUCUGUUCGCCACAGGAUGUUGAAGAUGUAUAAGCUGAUUUCAUACACUGUUUACAUCAUGUACAAAACAAGGCCCUGCUGCAGUUAUAGCGUGAUAUCUUGCUUUUGUGUGCUACUAUGAUAAAUUCAACAGACUCGUGUUGGGAGUCUACUGAACUGCCUGGAUCUCUGCACCUCUUUAACGUUUACAAUAUACUGCAAGAUAUGAAAAAAAAAAAGGGGGGGGGCUGUUCUCCCUGUAUGCACUGUUGUUGAUGUUUAUACAUUUAUACUGUAUGACUGGUUUACUGUGCCAUAGUUCUGCAUGUCUGAAAUAAACCUGAAUGAGCAUGACAAACUUA